AUGCGUGCCGCCGGCCGAUGGCGAGGCGAUGGUGGGCGCUCCCAGCAUCUGCCACAAGGUGUGCGGCAGCUUCGGAGCCGACGGGGACCACGUCAACGGCACCUGCAGCGCGAGCCAGACGUGUUUGGCAAGGCGCCACGCCUUGCCGGGAGGGCUGGCGAGUGCUACAUGUACUGCGACGGCGCUGAUCGCCGACUUGCGCAGGGCGAAGGGCAGCAAUGUGGCAGCAGCGGCUCGGACGGUCACUUCUACGGCGACUGCUCCUCGGGACUCGAGUGUGUGGCUCCUGCCGCGGGCUCGCCAGUGGGCGCGCCGAGCACUUGCCAGAAGGUGGGGCAGCAGGAGGGGCAGCAGUGCGGCAGCAGCGGCUCGGACGGCCACUUCUACGGCGACUGCUCCUCGGGACUCGCAUGCGUGCCGCUGGCCGAUGGCGAGGCGAUGGUGGGCGCUCCCAGCAUCUGCCACAAGGUGUGCGGCAGCUUCGGAGCCGACGGGGACCACGUCAACGGCACCUGCAGCGCGAGCCAGACGUGUUCUGGUAAGGCGGCCACGCCUUGCCGGGAGUGGGCUGGCGAGUGCUACAUGUACUGCGACGGCGCUGAUCGCCGACUUGCGCAGGGCGAAGGGCAGCAAUGUGGCAGCAGCGGCUCGGACGGUCACUUCUACGGCGACUGCUCCUCGGGACUCGAGUGCGUGGCUCCUGCCGCGGGCUCGCCCGUGGGCGCGCCGAGCACUUGCCAGAAGGUGGGGCAGCAGGAGGGGCAGCAGUGCGGCAGCAGCGGCUCGGACGGCCACUUCUACGGCGACUGCUCCUCGGGACUCGCAUGCGUGCCGCCGGCCGAUGGCGAGGCGAUGGUGGGCGCUCCCAGCAUCUGCCACAAGGUGUGCGGCAGCUUCGGAGCCGACGGGGACCACGUCAACGGCACCUGCAGCGCGAGCCAGACGUGUUCUGGCAAGGCGGCCACGCCUUGCCGGGAGUGGGCUGGCGAGUGCUACAUGUAUUGCAGCUAG